CGUUCCCGCUCUUCGCCUCUUCGCCGCCUUUGGGGAGAACAGCCCGCGAGCAAAAAAAUAGUGCGCUGUCGCUCGUGCCGAAGUUUAACUGCAUUUAGAAGCGCCUUUAAAAGCCUCGACGGCCCCGUGUGUGCGAUCCUCACCUCGUGCCGCGGCUCUGUGAGAGACGGUGAAGCGGGCGCUCGUGUAUCCAUGCGAGGAAUGGUGAGGCAGUCAUCAGGCGGGAGCCGAGACCAUAGACAGGACCUUUCUCAUCUGAAGAUUGCCAUUCCAGUAAUAAAGUACAGUUAGCACUGCAUUGACACGUCAGCCGAGACUUGUUUAAUUGGAAUUCGUCCUCAGGUUUAAUUGGAAUAUGGCUCAUAAACCAUCAGGCCGAAGAAAUCCUGGGAAAAACCAGAAAGAGAAGGCAGCCUAUGAGGCGAUGUAUGAGUUUACAGAAGACAAUGAGAGAAAUUUGGGCAACAGUUUUGAGCCAGAGAAGCUAGAGCAACCAUCGAUGCAACUUGGGAGGAAGAGACCUGCAUCCACUGCAAUGACUGAUCCAGAUGAAGAAAUUGAUGAAAUCAGUGUUGGUGGUGAUGUUGCCAGCAUGUUGGAACGAUUUGGCGCCGAUAUCAAUAAGGCUCUUUUGGCUAAGAAGAAGCGGUUGGAGGUGUACACCAAAUCUUCACUAAAGACAAGCAACCAAAAGAUAGAGCAGAUUUGGAAAAUGCAACAAGAAGAAAGGCAGAAGCUAACAGAUGAUUACUGUAAGCAGUUUAGUGGAAUCUUCCAGCAGUGGGAGAAAGAUAUUCAAAAGGCCAAGGAUCAGGAAGAGAAAAUAGAAAACUUGUUCAGACAGCAACAGAAGAUCUUCCAGCAGCUGAGAGUGGUCCAAGGACAAAGACUGAAAAGUAUUAAGCAGCUCUUUGAUCAGUUUCUAAAGAGUUUGGAGGAACUGGAGAAGAGUCACUCGGAGCAGCAGUCGGCUGUACAAAGUGAGCUCCGCAAGGAAAUGGCCCUCUUUCAGAAGAGGAUUUUAAUGGAUACUCAACAGCAAGAGAUGGCCACAGUACGCAAGUCCUUACAGUCAAUGCUCAUGUGACCUGAUUCAGUACAUACACAUUCGGAGUGGUUGCCUUCACAAGAGCUCCUUUUGUUACCAGGCAUGUAUUAUUGAAAUAGCCAACUAAUUUAUUAUUAUACUAAAUACAAUUAGUUGUUCAAAUGUUAAUGGUUUUGAACGUGACAUAUUUAUUCUUUGUAUGUAAUGUUAAUCUUCUAUGGGUCUCAAUGUUACAUUGUUAGGUGAAUCUGUUAUUCAAAAUAAAAUGCUUCAUAAUACAA